UCACGAACCCACGAUGUGAGUGACGGUGCACUCCCAGUCUCCCUCUCCCGGCUCUCCCUCUGUCUGAGAGUCUCUCUCUCUCUCUCCCAGUCUCUCCCUCUAUCUCAACGCUGAGUCGAAUCUCUCUCUCCCUCUGCUGGCCAAAGACCACCGUUCUUCUCCAAAUUAAUCCACGCAGAGUCUUAAGAAACGCAAAAACAUUUGCAACGCCAAGCACGUUGCCUCCCACGGCUGCACACCGCCACGGUCCCAACUUCGCAGCAGGUCACGAAGAAAACAGCACCCACCGCACCACCGGAGCAGCACUUCAAUACCGCACCACUCAACCACCGGAGCAGCGCCGCUCUACCACCGCAAACGACGACUUCGAUCCACACGUGGCGCUCUUACUCACGGCCAGAGCAACCGAUUCACCCAACCAACGUGAUAACGAACGUUUUGCACAGUUCGUCACUCUUGGUGCAACUGUUCUGGAGGUUGAUUAUUCUAAAGGUUAUCUGAUCAAACAUGGAGACCCGUGGAGGUGAUGCUGGAAUUUUAGACGUGGACAAGAUAACAGAGACAUUGGAACCUGAGAAGGCAAGCAGUGGAGGAUUGUAUGUUCCUGGGAAGGAUAGAUUGGUGUUUAGACCUCCUGAAAGGAAAUCGGUCUUAGGGCUAGAUGUCCUUGCUAUUGCAAAACGAGCGGAGUCUAAGGUUGAUGGUGGAUUCAAGGCCCCAAGAGAAAGAGUUGCUUCUAUGGUGGCGUCUUUAGAGGAAGAGGAGAAUUCGGAAUCCUCUGGGUUAGAUGAAGUAGGAAGUAAUGCAAAUAGUGGCACACGCAAUAAUGUUAGUAGGCGAUAUCGUGAAUCGGCUGCAAGCGAGACAGGAAGUGCUGUGACACAAGAAGAACAAGUUAAUGAUACACCUCGGACUCAUCGAUCUAGUGAACAUUCGUUUUCAGAUGUUCCAAAUACACCGACAAGAAGUCACCAGAAUAUUCGAUCUUGGAGUCCUAGGUAUGAAAGGGAUGACCGAGACCGUGAAAGAAGAGAUUACAAGGAUGACACAAGAAGUGAAAGAAGGGUGGGACAUAGACACAGUUCUGACAGAGAGAAUUAUCACAGAAGGGAAGCACGCGAUCGACAUGAUCAAGACUAUGAUGGAGAAUAUAGAAGCAAGCGAAGUAGAUAUGAAGGUUCAAGGGGUACACCUGGUAGAUCUGACUGGGAUGAUGGAAGAUGGGAAUGGGAAGAUACACCACGCCGCCGGGAUAGUCACUCUCAUACCAGUAGGCGCCAUCAACCUUCACCAUCCCCAAUGUUAGUUGGGGCAUCACCGGAUGCACGACUAGUUUCCCCAUGGUUGGGUGGCCACACACCUCUUUCUUCUGGUUCUGCCAGUUCUCCCUGGGACCAUGUCUCUCCCUCUCCAAUUCCAAUACGUCCUUCUGGAUCCUCUGUGAGAUCCUCGAGUUCUAGACAUGGUGGGAGGUCCCAUCAACUUAAUUUUUCUGCGGAAAAUUCAGAAGCAUUUGAGGAUGGAGGUGCUGAUAAGUCUGAUUUCUCUGAAGAGCACAAGUACGAGAUUACAGAAAGUAUGCGUCUCGAGAUGGAAUAUAAUUCUGACCGUGCAUGGUAUGACAGAGAAGAAGGUAACACAUUGUUCGAUGCAGAUACCUCGUCGUUUUAUCUGGGAGAUGAGGCUUCUUUCCAGAAGAAAGAAGCAGAAUUGGCCAAAAGACUGCUUCGGAGAGAUGGAACCAAGAUGACACUUGCUCAGAGCAAAAAGAUGUCCCAGCUCACUGCCGAUAAUGCUCAGUGGGAAGACCGGCAACUAUUGAGAUCUGGAGCUGUUAAAGGGACUGAGGUGCAGACAGAGUUUGAUGAUGAGGAUGAACGCAAGGUUAUUCUUCUUGUACAUGAUACAAAACCUCCUUUCCUAGAUGGGAGAGUUGUUUUUACCAAACAAGCAGAGCCAAUAAUGCCAAUAAAAGACCCAACAUCAGAUAUGGCAAUAAUUUCGCGCAAAGGAUCGGCUCUGGUUAGAGAAAUUCAUGAGAAACAAAGUAUGAACAAGUCACGCCAACGUUUUUGGGAGCUCGCAGGCUCGAAACUUGGUGACAUUCUUGGUGUUGAAAAAACAGCGGAACAGAUUGAUGCCGACACUGCUGUAGUAGGCGAAGAUGGUGAAAUUGAUUUUAAGGAGGAUGCAAAGUUUGCACAGCAUUUAAAGAAGGGGGAAGCAGUAAGUGAUUUUGCAAAGUCAAAAACCUUAGCGCAGCAACGUCAGUAUCUGCCAAUCUAUUCUGUGAGGGAUGAGUUAUUGCAGGUAAUUCGCGAAAAUCAGGUGGUGGUGGUUGUCGGAGAAACUGGUUCAGGAAAGACGACUCAACUGACACAGUAUCUGCAUGAGGACGGCUACACUACAAAUGGUGUAGUUGGUUGCACCCAACCAAGACGUGUUGCAGCUAUGAGUGUUGCAAAAAGAGUUAGUGAAGAGAUGGAGACGGAGCUGGGUGACAAAGUUGGUUAUGCUAUACGUUUUGAGGAUGUGACCGGGCCAAAAACCGUAAUUAAGUAUAUGACUGAUGGAGUACUCUUGCGAGAAACACUCAAAGAUUCUGAUCUAGAAAAGUAUCGUGUCGUUGUGAUGGAUGAAGCCCAUGAGAGGUCACUAAGCACAGAUGUGCUGUUUGGGAUAUUGAAAAAAGUGGUUGCUCAGCGACGUGAUUUCAAGCUUAUAGUGACGUCUGCAACUCUGAAUGCGCAAAAAUUUUCAAAUUUCUUUGGAAGUGUACCAAUUUUCCACAUCCCUGGCAGAACAUUUCCUGUUAAUACCCUGUACAGUAAAACCCCAUGUGAAGAUUACGUUGAAGGUGCAGUGAAGCAGGCUAUGACUAUCCAUAUCACCAGCCCUCCUGGUGACAUCCUCAUCUUCAUGACUGGCCAAGAUGAGAUUGAGGCAGCCUGUUAUGCCCUUGCAGAGCGUGUGGAACAGCUCAUAUCAUCCACGAAGAAAGCAGUUCCAAAACUCCUGAUACUCCCUAUAUAUUCACAGCUGCCUGCUGACUUGCAAGCAAAGAUAUUCCAGAAAGCUGAAGAUGGGGCUCGUAAAUGCAUUGUGGCAACCAACAUUGCUGAGACAUCUUUGACUGUAGAUGGAAUUUUUUAUGUCAUUGACACGGGGUAUGGUAAGAUGAAAGUAUACAACCCUAGGAUGGGUAUGGAUGCUCUCCAAGUAUUCCCUGUCAGCCGUGCUGCUGCUGACCAACGUGCUGGACGUGCUGGUAGAACUGGGCCUGGGACAUGUUAUCGCCUGUAUACAGAUAGUGCAUACCUACACGAAAUGCUGCCAAGUCCUGUGCCUGAGAUCCAAAGGACGAACCUCGGCAAUGUAGUUUUGUUACUCAAAUCUCUCAAAGUUGAGAACUUGCUGGAUUUUGAUUUCAUGGACCCACCUCCGCAGGAUAAUAUUCUUAAUUCUAUGUACCAGUUGUGGGUCUUAGGUGCUCUUAACAAUGUGGGAGGCUUAACUGGUCUUGGCUGGAAAAUGGUGGAGUUUCCGUUGGACCCCCCACUUGCCAAGAUGCUUUUGAUGGGUGAAGAGCUAGGAUGCUUAGAUGAGGUGUUGACAAUUGUUUCAAUGCUCUCAGUGCCGUCGGUAUUCUUCCGGCCUAAAGAUAGGGCAGAGGAGAGUGAUGCUGCGCGUGAAAGAUUUUUUGUGCCGGAAUCUGACCACUUAACGCUAUAUAAUGUUUACACUCAAUGGAAACAACAUCAAUAUCGGGGAGACUGGUGUAAUGACAAUUUUUUGCAUGUGAAAGGGUUACGAAAGGCUAGAGAAGUGAGAUCCCAGCUGCUGGAUAUUCUCAAGACACUGAAAAUCCCUUUGACAUCUUGUUGGCCUAAUUCAGAUAUCGUGAGAAAAGCCAUUUGUUCUGCAUACUUCCAUAAUGCAGCAAGAUUAAAGGGUGUGGGUGAGUAUGUGAAUUGCAGGAAUGGGAUGCCUUGCCAUUUGCAUCCGAGCAGUGCUCUCUAUGGUAUGGGUUGCACUCCAGAUUAUGUGGUUUAUCAUGAGCUGAUUUUGACAACAAAGGAGUAUAUGCAAUGUGCGACAGCAGUGGAACCUCAGUGGCUGGCUGAGCUGGGACCAAUGUUCUUUUCUGUUAAGGAGUCGGACACAUCGAUGUUGGAGCAUAAGAAGAGACAGAAGGAAGAGAAAACGGCCAUGGAGGAGGAAAUGGAGAAUUUGAGGAAGGUGCAAGCAGAAGCAGAGCGAGAAAGCAAGAAGAAGGACAGGGAAAGGAGGGCAAAGCAGCAGCAAGAAGUCUGCACGCCAGGUCUGCGGCAGGGCUCUACAACCUAUUUGAGACCAAAGAAGUUUGGUUUGUAAUUAGAAACUGUACUUUAUGAAAUAUCGAAUGUGUUUCCCGCAGCAUAAUAGGGCUGUUCUUAACACAGGAAAUAAUUUUUUCUUCUUAAUUGUGUAUCAGAAAUUGAAAAAGGAAAAGAAAAAAAAAAAAAGAAGAAGACAGAAUUUGUUGAUUUUUGCCAAUGCAAGUAUACCAGUUAUAAAUUAAGGAUACUGGCUUGUUCGAA